CUUAAAAACUACUGCAACACAGAUAUCGAACCAAGACCUCUGCACUAGUAGUGAGCAAUGGCCUCUCCGGUCCAGAGCAGGAAGCUUCGCAUUCUCCUCGUGCCCUUCUUCGCCACUAGCCACAUCGGCCCAUUCACCAACCUCGCCGUCCACCUCGCAGCUGCGCGGCCGGACAUCGUCGAGGCCACCGUCGCCGUCAGCACGGCGAACGCCGCGGUCGUGCGGUCAGCUCUUGCACGGCAGCAGAGCCCCGGCCGCGCGACUUCGGUGAGGGUAGCGACGUACCCGUUCCCGGUGGUGGAUGGCCUCCCGCCGGGGGUGGAGAACCUCUCGACCGUCAAGGCCGCGGACGCGUGGCGGAUCGACGCCGCCACUUUCGACGAGGCCCUGAUGAGGCCUGGUCAGGAAGGCCUCAUAAGGGAGCACUCGCCGGACGCCAUCAUCACCGACGGGCACUUCUUUUGGAACGCUGACGUCGCUGCCGAUCUCGGCGUGCCGUGUGUGGCGUUCCAAGUCAUUGGGACCUUCGCGACGACGGCCUUCACACACCUCAUCAGGGAUGUUGACAUCCAUGGCACCGCUGGAGCAGGUGUGGUGCCUCUGCCUCGAGCUGAAGGCGGCGGCCACAUACUGAUCCCGCACACGGAGCUCCCUGAGUUCGUGAGGAGCAAGAAAAUCAUGGAUGGCCCCGUCCUGGAUCGGAUGACCGCAAGCGUGAAAAGGUGUGCCGGCCGGGCCGUGAACACCUUCUUCGACCUAGAGCAAGGGUACUGCGAGAUUUUCACUAGCAGUAUAAAGACGAAGCCCUCCUACUUUGUUGGGCCCCUCUCGCUGCCGCCGGCAGCGGCGGCGCCGGCACCAACAACAGGAGACAGCGCAGGAGCAGGGCACUCGCCGCCGUGCAUCGAAUGGCUCGACAGAAUGCCGUCUCGAUCGGUCGUGUUCCUGUGUUUCGGCAGCUUGACCCAUGUCUCCGACGCCCAACUCGUGGAGCUGGCUCUCGGGCUCGAGGCCUCGGGGAAGCCGUUCCUGUGGGUCAUCAGGGACAAUGAUACGUGGUCGCCGCCGGAUGGGUGGAUGGAUCGCGUUGGUGCGAGGGGCAUGGUCGUCAAGGGCUGGGCGCCGCAGAUGCGGAUCCUGGAACACCAGGCGGUGGGGGUGUUCGUGACCCACUGCGGCUGGAACUCCGUCAUGGAGACGGUGACCGCCGGCGUGCCGGCGCUGACGUGGCCGAUGGUGUUCGAGCAGUUCAUCAUCGAGCGGCUGCUGACCGAAGUGCUGGAGAUCGGGGAGCGGCUGUUCCCGGAGGGUGCCGGGGUGCGUAGCACCAGGUACGAAGAGCACGACCUGGUCCCGGCAGAGGUCGUGGCGCGGGCGGUGACCAAGUUCAUGGAGCCCGGAGGCAGAGGAGACGCGGCGAGGAGACGGGUGAAGGAGCUCUCCGCCCGAGCUCGUGCUGCCGUGGCGGAAGGCGGCACCUCUCACCGCGAUCUGCAGCGCCUCAUCGACGACCUCGUGCAAGCAAGAACAGAGCAGCGGCAAAGUAACAGCAGCACCCUCAAAAAGUAACUAGUACAGGAUUCCAGUGCAUGCAUGCCCUUCUGAAGGCUGAAGCUUCCGAGGUGGAAGCAUCGAUCUACUGUAAGACUACACGUCGGCCAAUACGUGCAAGAAAGUAGUUUUUCUGCAAAACUCAGGACUGAUUAUCUUUUCUGAAAAAUUUAUUGAUUAAUCGUUGCGGCAAAUCUAAAACCCAUGUAAUGCUUGUGGGUUUGAAGUUUGUCGUGUACGCCCUACUUUUUUUUUUGCGUCGUAUUUAGUUUUGGAAGAAAGUAGCAAAUAAGUGUCGUAUUUUGGUUUGCAUAUGCCUCGGUUCCUUCCAAACAA